AUGUCUGCCAUAAGCGAGGAUCAGAUCCAAGAAUAUAAGGAGACGUUCGGUAUAUUCGACUCGAAAGGGGACGGUAUGGUGAGCGUUGGACAGGUGGGUGACGUGAUCCGAGCCCUGGGCCAGAAUCCCACCGAAGCGGACAUCAAGAAGUGUUGCGAAAUAUACAAACCCGAGGAUCGGAUCAGUUUCGAGACAUUUAUGCCAAUCAUGCAAACGAUUGUCAAGAAUCGGAAGAAAUAUUCAGUCGACGAGUUUGUCGAAGGG